UCAUUUCCGAUGGGAGAAUUCGCUCUCGCCGCAGCGGUCCGUUACAGAUGCACCGCGCUGGGUGUUUCGCCAAUGCAUGCGUAAAACCGUCUGUCCUGCGAGAUAUCCCCGCGAUGACCCGCGUCUCACCGGCGCAUCCGACGUGCGAGGGAAAUUGAUUUUGAUCCAUUUCAAAGGGGGAGGCGGCGCGCGGCUGCUCCCACUUCGCAACAACUCGCGGAUUAAGUGCGAUCUCCGAGCGUGAGCACGGUCGGAAACGACGCACGCCAAAGAGAGCGAGCGAUGGAACGGAGGUGAGCGCGCACUCGAGCUGUAAGAAGCAUCCAUUUCCUGGGACGCGCACAGACAGACGGCUGGUGAGACGGCAGACAGAGAGAGGAAGGAAGGAAGGGGAGCGGGAGGACGCACAGCAGAGACACGCAAAGUUCUCCCACGUCGACCUGAAGUACGGUACCAAGAAAUGUCUGCAGCCCACGUUAGUGGAGUACUUGGACCACGGGGCGAGAGAGAAUAAACGUUUCCACGGUACGAGUGCACCCAUGGAUCCCUGCGUUGCGGGAGCGCUGUAGUGCGUUGGAGCAGAUGAGUUACCCAGUCAUGAUUUGGAUCGCCUUCCUCCCCGCGUUGGUGUCGUGCGCACUCGGGAACAGGACCGCGGAGCAGGUGCCGUUCUUUCACGGACACGUAUUCGAGAACUCGUCUCCGGGCUCGCGGGUCAACGGACUGAGCGUCCCGUUGAAGCGGCUCAAUUCGCAGAGGUGCGGCACCGCGGGACCUGGAUCCCCGGGAGCGCACUUCAAACUCCUCGGAGACGGGAAUGAAAAUUUCCGCGUCUUUGCGCACCACAAACGGGGACAUAUUCUGCUGAAGACUUCUGGGGUCCUGGACAGGGAGGCGCGCUCCGAGUACGCGCUGGCGCUGGGUAUGUGUUGCGGGCAGUGUGCGGGGCGCUCCGGGGAAGGAGGCGAGAAGUCCGCCUCAGCUGCCGAGGUGGCGUCCAUUAAGGUGGACGUCCUCGACACCAACGACCACCAGCCCACUUUCCCCGGUGCCAACGUUAAACUCAGCCUGGACGACGCCACCGCGCUGCGCACCGCCGUCUACACGGUCACGGCGCGGGACGACGACAGCGGCAAGAACGCGGAGCUCAUCUAUUUCGCUCUGCCCCGAAACGGGAGCUUCUACGCGGUGCCCAAGACCGGCGACAUCCUCCUGGUGGACUCUAUCCUGGGUCUGGAUGAAACCAUUGAGUUUAAAGUGUUCGCUCGGGACCGCGGCUGGCCGCCACGCACGAGUCACGGCGUGGCGGUGGAAAUCAACCCGCGGCAGUGGCCAGUUGCGCGCGUUCCGCAACCCGAGUCGGGAACGCGGAAGACCAAAGCGACGAGGAGAAAGUCCCGCUCAGUUCUGGAAUCGGAAAGCCCGGUGUUCAUCAACGUGUCCGAGGACGCGGGCAUCGGUUCCGUGGUGAUGAACCUGAACCCGGUGAAGUUUCAGUCGGCGGCGUUCGAGCUGGUGGAGCCCGACGCGGACGGCUCGCCGGUCAGCGUGGGUCGGGACAGCGGGGAUAUAGUCAUAUCACGCAGGCUGGACCGAGAGACCGAGCCGCUGGUGGAGAUCACCGUCAAAGUUCAGGACAAGAGAGGUCCAGAGUGGUACAUGAUCAGGGUGGAGCUGACUGUGACGGAUGUAAACGACAAUGUCCCGGAAUGGAACAUGGUUCCUAUUCCCUAUCUCGCUGUGGUUUCCCCUGAUGCCCUGGCAGGCUCCCUGGUCUACAAGCUUCAUGCCGUAGAUGGGGAUGAGGGCAACAAUGGUGAAGUGGAGUACUUCUUGUCUGACGGUGGCGAAGGUCGUUUUGAAGUGGACAGGAAGAGCGGCCAGGUGCGAACCACGGGCCUCCCCCUGCAGCGCGACAGGGAGUACCUGCUGACCGUGGUGGCCGCUGACCGGCUGGGCAGCCGCAGCACCCCGGCCUUCGUCUCUGUGGUGGCCGGAGAGCGGCCGCCACAGUUCACCAACGCCUCCUUCACGAUCGCCAUACCUGAAAACACCCCCGAAGGACAGCCCUUCCUGGUCACACCUGCCGUGUCCUUCCAGAAGAAACCAAUCGGCUACAGCCUCCUCAUCAAUCCCAGCAGUCUGUUCACCAUCUCUGCAGAGACAGGUGAAAUCAGUCUGACCCGCCCUAUUGACUACGAGAGCGACCAGCAUCGCUACCUGCUAUUGGUGCGCGCCAGCGAGGGCCUGGACAGCAUGAGAAGCGCAGCGGAGGUACGAGUCGUUAUUGUCGAUGAAAACGACUGCGUUCCAGAGUUCCUCCAGUCCAUUUACAGCAAGGAUGCUGUGCCGGAGACCGUGACGACUGCGACCUCCCUGCUGCAAGUGUCGGCCAAUGACUGCGACUCCGAAGAGAAUGCGGAGUUGACCUAUUACACCCUGAGUCAGGAUUUUACCAUAUCCCCUCAUGGGACAAUCUUCCCUGCGGGGCCUCUAGAUUAUGAGCGAGUGAACCAUCUGUACGAGUUUGUGGUGAUGGCCAUUGACAAGGGGGAGGUCCCUCGCACCGGCACAGCUACCGUACGGAUUCGAAUGGCGAACGUCAACGACGAGGCACCUGAGUUCUCCCAGCAUAUCUAUCGGACGUUCGUCUCAGAGGAUGCGGGCCCCAAUACGCUCGUUGCCACAGUGCUGGCCAAGGAUCCUGACGGGGACGGGAUUUCCUAUAAGAUCACCACAGGAAACGAGGAGGGAAACUUCGUCAUCGACAGCCAGAAAGGUUUGAUCCGCCUCCGGUCGAGUCCUCCCCCUCGCCUCCAGGGCAUACAAUACGUCCUCAAUAUCACAGCCACGGAUGACAACGCCUCGGGCGGACCUCAGGCGUUGUCAUCCACAGCCCAGGUCAUCGUGGGAGUGGACGACGUGAAUAACAACAAGCCGGUUUUUGAGAAGUGUCAGCAAUACAGAGAGAGCACAUCCGUCUUGGAAAACCAGCCAGUGGGGACAUUUGUUCUGCAGGUUCACGCUGUGGAUGCUGACGAGGGCUCUAAUGGCAGAGUCACAUAUGGCUUCAUGCACAAAGACUCCACUGUGCCGGCAUUCAGCAUACACCCAGACACCGGAGUAAUUGUGACGGCAAGAAAAUUUGACCGAGAACGGCAACGGGAGUAUGCGGUUACAGUGACUGCUACUGACCAAGCAGCUGAUCCACUAAUUGGAAUUUGUCAGCUCAACAUCCUCAUCCUGGACCAGAAUGACAACAGCCCCAAGUUUGAGAAUAUUCGAUAUGAGUACUUCCUUCGUGAGGAUACCAUGAUUGGGACUAGUUUCCUACGAGUGGCAGCGCACGACGAUGACUUUGGUACCAACGCGGCCAUCAUGUACUCAAUGUCUGGAGAACAACCAGAGUACCUCAGGGUCAAUCCCCUGACAGGCUGGGUGUAUGUCAACCAGCCUAUAUCUCAGAGGACCUACAUCACCAGGGACAUCGUGGCCACAGAUGGGGGCAACAGGAGCAGUUCAGUGGAGCUGGCCGUCACCAUUACCAACGUGAAGAACCAGCCUCCACAGUGGGAGAAUGACAGCUACAGCGUGGUGAUACCUGAGAACACCGUCCGGGACACGCCCAUCGUGGUCAUCAAAGCUACCUCCCCUCUAGGGGACCCAAGGGUGACUUACAACUUGGAGGACGGCUUGGUCCCAGAGACCAACAUGCCAGUUCGCUUCUACUUGACUCCCAAUCGUGAAGACGGUUCGGCCUCCAUCCUCGUGGCAGAGCCCCUGGACUACGAGACCACCAGAAACUUCAUGCUACGGGUUCGAGCUCAGAAUGUUGCUGCGGUACCACUGGCAGCCUUCACCACAGUUUAUGUUAAUGUCACAGAUGUAAACGACAACGUCCCGUUUUUUACUUCCUCCAUCUACGAGGCUUCGGUCACGGAAGGUGCAGAAUCGGGAACGUUGGUCUUCCAGGUUUCAGCCAAUGACCUUGACCUGGGGCUUAAUGGCAAGAUUUCCUAUUCCCUGCUGCAAGAUCGAAGUGGGGACUACCAGUAUUUCCGCAUUGACCCAGAGCUGGGAUUCAUCUACACGCAAGCUGUGUUUGACCGCGAAACCAAAAGUUCCUACCUAUUAGAGGUGCAGUCGGUGGAUGGCUGGGAGUCUGCACGACCCAGCAAGCACGGGCAGCCCAACUCUGACACGGCAUACGUUCGCGUCUUCAUCAGUGACGUCAAUGACAACAAGCCGGCUUUCGCUCAGGCGUCCUAUGAAGUGGACGUGGACGAGGAUGCCGAUGUAGGCUUCGCCAUCCUCACCGUCAGUGCCAAUGAUGGAGAUGAAGGUGGAAAUGCUAAGCUGCGCUACCAGAUCACAUCGGGGAAUACAGGAGGGGUGUUUGAUGUGGAGCCCGAGGUCGGCACUAUCUUCAUUGCCCAACCUCUGGAUUAUGAACAGAACAAAAGGUACAAGCUUCAUAUGCUGGCUUCGGAUGGGAAGUGGGAGGAUUACAACACGGUGACUGUAAACGUGGUGAACAAGAACGACGAGGCGCCCGUGUUCACGGUCAACGAGUACUACGGCAGUGUGACAGAGGAGCUGGACGGCUCGCCGGUGUUCGUCUUACAGGUAACAGCGUCUGACCCAGAUAAGGACGCUGACCAGGAGGCACUGCGCUACUCUCUCCACGGCCAGGGUGCAGAGAGCGAAUUCAUAAUUGAUGAGGUCACAGGCAAGAUCUACGCCCAGCGGACCCUGGAUCGCGAGGAGCGCGCCGUGUGGCGCUUCGUUGUCCUGGCAACAGACGAAGGCGGCGAAGGUCUGACUGGCUUCACUGACGUUAUCAUAAAUGUGUGGGACAUCAAUGACAACGCACCCGUCUUCACCUGCGCCCCCAGCUGCCACGGAGAUGUGCCAGAGAACUCGGCAGCAGGGACGUCGGUGAUGGAGAUGACAGCCACCGACUUGGAUGAUUCAGCUGUGGGGCAGAACGCCGUGCUCUCUUACAGGAUUGUGGGUAGUUUGGAUGCCACUAGCACUGACAUGGGAAGAAUGCCUACCUUCUCAGAAAUGUUCACCAUCAACCCAACAACGGGCACCAUCACCGUAGCCAUGGGGGGUCUGGACAGAGAGCAGGUUGAGUCCUACCUUUUGGUCGUGGAGGCCAGAGAUGGGGGAGGAAUGACAGGAACUGGUACAGCAACUAUUCAAAUUAAGGAUGUGAACGAUCAUGCGCCAAGAUUCACCGAUCACUCCUGUUUCGCACGGAUUUCGGAGAAUGCAGAGUCCAACGCUGAGGUUCUGGAGCUCGCGGCAGAAGACCGGGACACGGGAGAAAACGCUCAGCUCACCUUCAGCGUUGUGGCCGGAGACCAGGAGCAGAAGUUCUACAUGGUCAGUCACAAGCAGGAGCAGCGCGGCACCCUGAGGCUUAAGAAGCGCCUGGACUACGAACGGCACAGCGAGCAGAGGUUCAACCUCACACUCAAGGUAGAAGACCUGGACUUCUCCAGUCUCCUCCACUGUGUGGUGGAGGUGGAAGACUACAACGAUCACACACCCGUAUUUAUUCCGCACUUCCUGUCCCUCGCCCCGCUGCCCGAGGACGUCUCCGUAGGAACCAGCGUGGCGCGCCUGGUGGCCAGUGACUCGGACUCAGGCCAAAACCGUGACAUCACCUACAGCCUUUCAGAAGACUCAGAUCCCGAGGGGCUGUUCACUAUUGACCAAUCUGGACUACUGUCUGUAGCUCAGCCUCUGGAUCGGGAGAAGAUUCCUCAGCAUCACUUGGUUGUCAUAGCUACCGAUCAUGGGGUUCCACCUCUAACGGGCAGUGCCACGGUUCAGCUGCCUCUUUUGGAUGUGAAUGACAACGGACCCGAGUUCGAAGCGACAUACUCCCCAGUAGUGUUUGAGAAUGUGAUUGGACGACAGGUGGUAAGAAUGAACCAAACAUCAACCCUGCUGCGGGCUGUGGAUCAGGACUCUCCAGAGAAUGGCCCUCCCUUCCACUUCACCGUUCCCCCGGAGUAUCGCCACAGCAAUGACUUCUCCCUGCAGGAUAACCUAAACGGCACCGCCACAUUAACGGCCCUGAGGACGUUUGACCGCGAGCUCCAGAAAGAGUUCCUCAUUCCUAUUAUAAUGAGCGACAGCGGGCACCCUGCCAAAUCAGUGACCAGCACCCUGACGGUGACGAUCGGUGAUCAGAACGACCACGCGCACGUGGCAGGAGAGAAGAAGAUCUUCAUCAACAGUCACAGGGGCCGCAUGCCAACUACCGUGCUUGGAAAAGUCUACUCUCCUGACCCGGAUGACUGGGACAACAAAACCUACGUGUUUGAAGGACACGUGCCAAGUUACUUCAUACUGAACAAGCGGACUGGUUUCCUGAUUAUUAAGGAGAACGCUCCACCCGGCACCUAUCAGUUCCAGGUCCGUGUGUCUGAUGGAGUAUGGCCGGAUGCUGUCUCCACGGUCACGGUGCAUGUGAGGGAGCUGCGCGACGAGGCCAUCUACAACUCAGGGUCCCUUCGCCUGGCAGACAUCACAGCGAAGGAGUUCAUCGAACUGAGGGGAAAGCAGCGGAGCCGCUACGAGCUGCUGGUGGACUUCCUGUCUGAGAUGCUCUCGGUUCCGCCCGACGACGUCAACGUCUUCAGCCUGAUCGACGCGCGGGCGCGAACGUUGGACGUGCGCUUCGCCGUGCGCGGCGGCGCCUCCUUCCUGCAGCCCGAGAAAAUGCACGGCUACCUGGCAGCGCACAAGCAGAAGCUCCAGUCAUUCCUGCAGGUCAGCGUGAGCCAAGUGCGGGUGGACGAGUGUCCGAGUCUGGAGUGCGCGCGGUCCAGCGGCUGCACCAACGUCCUGAACCUGCGAGACACGCCCACGGUGGUGGACUGCGGAACCAUGAGUCUGGUGUCGGUCACGGUGGAGUCGGCGGCCGUGUGCUCGUGCUCAGGCAGGGAGCAGUCCCACCAGCCCUGCGCCGCGUAUCCCAGAAACCCCUGCUUCAACGGAGGCGUUUGUGUGGACACGCAACAUGGCUACAGGUGCCAGUGCCCCGCUCAGUUCGAAGGGCCCGAGUGCCAGCAGAACAAACACAGUUUCUAUGGGAAUGGCUAUGCCUGGUUUCCUCCCAUGAUGCCUUGCUUCGAGAGCCACGUGUCGCUGGAGUUCAUCACGGACGUGGUCGACGGGCUGCUGCUGUACAGCGGCCCCCUGGCGCAGCUGCAAGCCUGGGACCACGAGGACUUCAUGGCCAUCGAGCUAAUUGAUGGGACCCCCACCUUGAAAAUCAACCAUGGCUCUGGCACGGUGGUGCUACAGUUGCCAGGCAACGUGAACGUGGCAGACAGACGUUGGCACCGACUGGACGUCCGCAGCAACAGCAAGGAAGUGCGCUUCACUCUGGAUCGCUGCUCAGGGGCGGCGGUGAAGGAGAUGGAGGGUCUCGGCAGCUGGUUGACUACUGAAGACCACUCCUCCUGUGAAGUGACGGGCGUAACACCGAACACUGACAGACACCUCAACAUGAGCCAGGUGCUCCAGCUCGGCGGCGUGAACGAGGACAUCCCUUACAUCUACCCCCAACUUCAGCACAAACACUUCACCGGCUGCAUUCGCAACCUGGUGGUGGACAGCAAGCUGUAUGAUUUGGGCUCCCCUGCUGACUCACACUCCAGCUCUCCAGGCUGCCUGACUACCGAUAGCAGCUGUGUCAACAUGGGCUUCCCGUCCUGUGGCCACCGUGGUCGCUGUCAUGGCGAGUGGGGCUCCUUCAGUUGCCAGUGUGUGCCGGGAUACACUGGACACCAGUGUGAAGAGGAGGUGCCAGAAUACUCCUUCGAUGGCCACAGUCUUGUACACUACAAGCUGGGCUCCUCGCUGCCAGCACGAAGGACAUGGGUGCAGGUCCUGGUCCGAACCCGCAAGCACAGCAGCACCAUAAUCCAUCUGACCUCCAAGCUGCAGGAAUACAUACGACUAGAGAUCUUCCAGGGCCUUCUGUCUGUUUUCUACAACCUCGGCGAUGGGGACCACAACCUCACCCUGCCCACCUACCGCCUCGACAACGGCGAAUGGCACGAGGUCCUUCUAGAUCGGCAUGACAACGAGAUGAUGCUCCAACUGGACGGCGGGGGAGGGCAGCGGGAGGUCACGGGGUCGCACGGCCGAAGCCGCGAAAUCAUAAUCGACCCCGCUGUGGUGAUCCUGGGAAACGUCUUUCCAUCCGCAGUCAACAGCAGCUUUCAAGGCUGCAUGAGGGACCUACGCCUCAAUGGCCGCUACAUGCCCAUGGACAGCCAGCCGCGAGAUGGGGUUUCCCAGAUCAGCGUCCAGGGCCUCUCCCUCGGGUGCUCGUCUGAUUCCUGCAAAAAGAACCAGUGCGCGCCUCCGUUCACCUGUGUCGACUUGUGGCGAGUGCACGAAUGCAGGUGUCCUCCCGGACACAUGGUCCGUGUGAACGGCUCCAGGAAGUCGUGCGUCUACACCCUGUGCGCCACGCGGCCCUGUCACCGCGGGACCUGCGUGGCCCAGUCGCCGUCCAAAUUCACCUGCCACUGCCCCGAGGGCUACAGGGGCCACCACUGUGAGACCACCCUGGCCAUCUACAGGGACGACGUCGGCCUGAGCUUCAGCUCCGUCUUCGCGAUCUGCAUCUGCUUCAUGGCCUUGCUAGCGCUGCUGCUGGGCAUCUUCCUCUACACCCGCUGGAGGAGCUACAAGGGGCUGAAGGAGGGCGUGUACCACGUGUCGGCCCACCACGACGGCUGGGAGGACAUCCGCGAGAACGUGCUCAACUACGACGAGGAAGGAGGCGGCGAGGAGGACCAGAAUGCCUACGACAUGGCGGAGCUGCAGAAGUCCCUCCAGCCGAGCCCGGCCCAGUCGCUGCAGUACUGCCGCUCCAGAGCCCUGCACCACCCGCCUCCCCCCGCCCACCACCUCCACCACCACCUGCUCCACCAGGCGCCGCCGGUCCAGACCCCCGGCGCCCCUGGACUCCCUCAGCCAGACGAGCGGCUCCACCGCCCUGCCUCCUUCGGCCGCCUCCGGCUCCUCCGGCGCCGGCCCGCGCAGGGACGUCCCCCCACCCGGCUCCCGGCCCAGGGCCAGACGCGCCCCUCCCAGCUGGCGCGCCGCUCGCUGUCCUUCUCCAGCCAGGACCUCGCCCGCUACCUGUGCGAGAUCAUCCGCGACGCCGACCAGCACCCGGACACGGGCCCCUUCGACUCCCUGCAGGUCUUCUCCACCGAGGGGGGGGCUCCCCGGCCGGGUCCCUCAGUUCCUUCAGCUCGGCGGGCCUGGAGGGGGGCGGCGCGGGGGACGGGGGGGCGGCGGGGGAGGGCAGGAGGGAGGAGACGCUCGGGGAGUGGGGGCCUCGCUUCGAGAAGCUGCGGGCGCUGUACGAGCGGGCCGAGGCCAGCGACCUCUGAGCUCCGACGCAGGCGGACUAACCUGACGGACCCAGAGGACCCCCCCCCCCCCCCCACCCCAGCCCCCAACCCAAAACAAUCAAUUAACACGCGCUCAGAGGCGACCGAGGCGGGAGAGCGGCGAGAGACUGUCAGAGACGCUCGCUGGCGGCCGGCGCGGAAGGCGUGGCGUUUCCCGGACGACGGCCCCAUCAAUCAGCGCCGCGGCCCAACGCGCUGAUGAAAGUGUCCCCGCGAUAAGAGCCGCCGCUCCGCGCUCACCUCUACCUUCAGAUUACGACUUUGCAGACAUUAUCAAACCUGCCAGUCAGGUUAAGGCUUCAGAGCAUCACUCUGUACCUGGGCUACUCAUCACGACGGAGCUUAGCUUCACUGUCAGAAAAAUCUGUUCCAGUCACAGCCACUAAAACCCCAAAUUUCCUCUAUUUUCUAACCCUCAUUGUGAGCGGCUGUCAGCUGAAGGCCUGAGAUGUAAAAUGAAAAAGCUUUGGGCAGUUUUUUUUUUUUUUAUAUAUAUAUAUAUAUAUACCUGAAGAAAUCAGUCCCACAUGAUGUAUUUUAGGACCUGGCUGCUUUAAUCUUACACAUGUUCCACGCUGCGCUGUGAAGAUGAGCGGGAGCGAGCGAGUAGCGCGUGCGACGCAGACUUUGGGUCUUCACUGCACCGGACACAGUGUUCCCGCUGCCUGGCUGUACACAGCUUCUGUCAAUGUUUGUAUGAGAAAAAAGUGCUUCAGCCGUCACGGGGUUGUAGCGUGAGGUUCUUUUUUGUUUUGGGUUUCUUCUUUUUUUACUUGCUAAUGUGUUUUUGGCUGGGUUGAGUAAUUCCGUAUUGGUUGGGUGUUUCAAGUUUCACUGCUCUGUGGGUUGUAAGACAUCAAGCUUUCUACUUACUACUGCACCCUCGUCUUCAUUUGAUUUCCUAUUCUCAUUUGCGCUUCGCCGCCGCUUGUUCCUCCUCACCCGGGGGAGGGAGGGGAGGUUGAGGGAGGGGUGGCUGCAAAAAAAAAAAAAAAAAAAAAAAAUUCAAACAGCUUCGCAACAAAGAAAUGGGAGUGGACGUGCGGACGACGGGAGGGAUGGAAAUGCUUGCUCUGUUGCUCUGCUCCGCGCGCUCUUUCUGAGGCAUACCAAAUGUGGCGGCUGCGAGAAACUAUUUUAACAGACGGAGCGCCCGCUAGAAUACAAACUAUGUCAAACAGCGUUCCAAGGUGACUACUCAAUAAAAACAAGUGGAAGGAGAAGAUUUAUGUUGAUUAAAGCCCGGCUCCGACGUGCGAUACCGGUGUCGGCCUCCGGGCGUUCAUGCUCAUUUCAUCCGUUGUCCCCAGCAGAAGCGCGUGGUUCGCAGAGAUUGUGGGGAACUGGGCGCUGUUUUUAUCCAAGCCGCUGCCCGACCGUCACAAGCGCAGCCCUUGUUGGGAUUCCUGCUGUUACACAACGAGUAUAAAAAGAACGACGGGGUGAGGAACUAGAAUAACGCCAAGGGAGGAAGAGUGGAGAAUCUGGACAUGACUUGGCCCGUCAUGAUUUGAAGGCGGGGGUCUGAAAAGGAACGAGAACGGGAAAGUAAACGUUUUAACAAGUGCCUGGCUCUGGUGAGACGAGCCACCGGUGCAGCGUGGAGCUCAGCAGCCCCGCAGGGGGCCGAGAGGCCGGCGCCGUGGGGGAAGUGGGCUUCUGCACAAACUGUGUGUGUGUGUGUGUGCUGCACCACAAAACGACACCGCUGCAGAAGCCGCGUGUCCCCACGCUCACCACCGUCCCUCCCCUCGGCCCACGUGGCCCCGUUUGGGGGUCCGGGUGCCGGCCUUCUGCCGUAGCAGCAGCGCCGCCAUCUUGUAGUGUUCUUUUUGUGUCGGCCGUGGCAGAUCUGAGCCUCGCAGCGUACAGAGCAUUUAUGAGAUAGGAGCGCGUGAAAGCACGUCAGGUCACUAAUCCUAAUAGGAGCUGAUGGCUUGCUGAGAAAAACCAAAGGAAUCCUGGCAGUUUCCAAAAAUAAAGAAGAGUCGGAUCCCAGCUUUCUAGGAACAUGAUAUUUCCUCAAAAAUUCAAGCCCACAGAAAGCAGCAGACUCGGCGGUCGAGCUGAGGGUGCAGCACACUGUGAGACGAUACCUGAAAGGAAAACACGCUGUUUUCUUCUUCUUUUUAUAGACUGUGUGGCUUUGCUAGAAAGUACAGUUGUUUUUUAUUCCUCUGUAGAUGGAGGCGAGUCUGAGCCACGAGCCUGUGUGUGUGUGUGUGUGUGUGUGUGUGCGUGUGUCUACUGGGGGACGCUUCACUUCUCUCUGCAACUGUGGACGUCGCAGCUGCUCACACUUCCCAUCGUUCAACCGUACUGUACCAUAAAACGGCUUCUUAAAUGUUGUGUUCUGGGUGCAGAUCUGUUGUGAAGUUAAUGUUUUACCUCAUUUGUAAAUACAGAGAUAGAUUAAUUAUCAUCAUUGCUUUUUGUCAAGAAAAGCAUCAUAGAGUUUGAAAUGUGCAGCUUCGGAGGGGGGAAAAAAUAAUCAUCGUGACGGUGAUGAGCUUCGGACAGUUCUGUGUUUUGUAUUUGCUUUGACUUUUUUUCUCAAUAAAUUCAUUUAUUUGCACCA